AUGGGCUCCAGUUUGAACCAUAAGGUUUUGUCACUUCUCAAUUCCACCCAUGUUCUCCUUUCAAUCCCGCUCCCGCCCCAGCUCAAGCCCCCUAUUCUUCUCAUCAAGCUCAUGCCGCCCCGCCUCGCCUCGCCUCAACAUCUCCACCUCAGCCUCCUUAAGUCGUCGAGUUUACUCCUUGGUGACAAGAGGAACACCGCCGCCGACGAGAGUUACGACACUGAAAGCUGCUGGUGCCCGGCGAGAAUACGAACACUGCCGCUUUACGUGGACCCUUCUUCCAGAAUUAAUUUUUCCCACAACUUCGUCGUGCAGAAGAAAAACGUGAAGAAGCUGAAGCCAGAGUCCGGGAGUUGGAGAAACAGCCGGGUUUUUGGUAACCCGCAUGCCAUCAUCAAGAAGUAUGGUUUGAUAUGCUGCAGAAAAUGCUACAACGCCAAGGAUAUCGGCUUCAUCAAGGAAUUCCGAAUGAUAUUUCAACGAGUAAUCAGAAACUUCAUCAAUAAGAGGAGAAAGAAAGAGUACUUGAGGAACAUCAAUGGGCAGAUUAAGCUCGCCGGGAUUAAUGUCCUCCGUCGGCGCUUGCUCUUUCGUCAGCUUGACGUACCUCGACAGGUGGCUGAUCUCCUCCGCCAUCCAUCAGAAGAUCUGGAGAAAAUUGGAAAAAGGUUAAGAAAAAAAAAAAAAUCAAACAGCAACACAAGUUUUUUCUUCAGAUCACUCUAAUCAAAACCGACAAGCAACUCUCCGAUUGAAGCUCUAUUGAAAGCAGUUUGGAGUAGUUCUGAAGAGUUGUUCAUUUAUUUAUGGGUACGGGGGCUUUUUGUUUUUGUAAUUCUGAAAUUAAUAAAUUUCAAACCUUGUAAAAGAUUUCUUGCUUUUGUGAUUUUGUAGAGAUAAUUCAUGAGCAAAAAGCUGUACGCCUGCACCUUUCACUUUUCUCAAACACUUUACACUCUCCUCUCUUAAAUUGG